CGCGUGGCCCGGACGGUGGAGACGCUGCGGCGGGUGGGCGACGGGAUCCUCGAGAAGCACCAGCUGGCCUUCCAAGGAAUGCUUAAGAAGCUGGAAAUCAAGAACCAGGAUGAUCUGAAGUCUGUUUCAGAAGUUGCCACACACGUUUUCAGUGAUGGCGUAACCAACUGGGGACGGAUUCUGACUCUCAUCUCCUUCGGUGGCUUUGUUGCCAAACACCUGAAGAGUAUAAACCAGGAGAGCAACAUCUUUCCUUUGGCAGAGAUAAUCACCGACGUGCUGGUGAAAGACAAACGAGAAUGGCUGGUCAGUCACAACGGCUGGGAGGGGUUCGUAAAGUUCUUCCGUGUGGAGGACAUAGAAGGGAGCAUCAGAAACGUCCUGAUGGCUUUCGCGAGUGUCGCUGGCAUAGGAGCAGGCCUGGCCUACAUGAUCCGGUGAGCACAGGGAGUGCUCCCUGAGCGGAGCCGCUUCGGACUACCGUGUUCCUGCUGUUUUUAGGAAGCUGAGCUGAUGGGAGAAUAAACACCUGGAUUUCCCGUGGAAUAUUUGGUGGUGAGGACUGUCAGUUUAUAGAAGGUGACCAACCAGGGAUGUCUUGCGGACGGGAGUAGAUCUGAAUGUGGGGAAACGUGGACUCAGCUCCCUAGAAGCCAUGCCAGAGGACGUUCAGAGGAGGACUCAGAGCCCAUCUGAACACCACUUGGGUCUUGGACUCGCCUCCAGCUCCGUCGGGCUCGGUGUGUAGUGACUUGCAGAUCGUGUUCGGUGGUGUUCCGUUGGCACAGGGCCCCCGAUCCUAGGCCAAGUGGUGUCUGAACCUCCCAUCCCUUGAGCGUGUAGGGCUCGGGAUAAAAGUGGAAGAUGCGUUGCGGGAUGUGAAAAAGAAGGAUCUUCAGGUGUACACAGGAUGCCUUUCCCUGUCGGUCAGCGCAAUGGUGCAUUGUCCAUACCGGACAAAAAUGGACUUACAACCUCAAAAAAAGCCGACUCCUCGUUCGUAUCCUCUAAAGGGCUGAUUCUUUUUGUAUGUAGCUCUGCCAUUUUGUCUCUCUCCCACCCCCAAUGAGUCUUGGAAGCGUACACACUGCCGUAGCUCCCAAGGGCAUAUGCAGCUAUGUAAGAAGGGGCACAGACUGUAAAUAUGUUAAGAAGUUCCUAGGAGAAACCAAGCCGUACUCUGUACAUAUGUCUGAAACUGUACAAAGUGUACAUUUUUCCAGAGCUUUUAUCUUUAGGUAAGGUUGUAAAAGAGGGUUUGGAACGGGGGAUCAGCAUCAGCUUUUGAAACUAUGAUUUAGCCCUGUUUAAAAGAGAAAUAAUGGACUUUCAAGAAAGUUCCGUCUAAUGUGUUCAAGUGACACAGGUUUUUUUGGCGUAGUCAAUUUAACCCUCCCAGUGAGCAGCUGGCUACAGUUUUGAGGUCCUUUGGAUAUUCUGUUUUUUUCUCUUCAGUUGAGGGGGACAUUUUGAAUGGAAGCUAGGCAUUUUCUUAAUCCUUUCAAACUAAGUUUUAAGCUAAAAUUAUAAGGGAAUGUCAUCUUUGUCUCUGACAAUAAAGAAUAAAAAUGACUCCGUUGAGUUAGCAAUGCAACUGCAUUUAAAGCACAAUCUCGAAAUUCAGGUUGGUUUUUUUUUUUUUUUUUUUCCUUUUAAAGUUUCAGGACGACAGUUUGUAGACUUCAGGCUUCUUGAGCUCAGUUCUUAGGCAAGAAGAGUUUAAGUUGGUUUGCAUUGGAGUCAGUUGGGUUGAGUCUUCACUGUACUGUUAAGAUUUGUUCAGACCAAAUGAUGGCAGGCGCGAAAAACUGAACAGCAAAGCAUGGAGACCGUGGUGCUAUCCGGCUUGCUCGUUUACAUAAACUCUCCAAUACAACCGUUGUUUACUCGUCAUCUUUGGCUUUUCCUGAAGCAGAAAUGCUGAACAGAUGGGGCUAAAUAGGACUCAAUACGUGUGUGUCUUUAAUAUCAGUGGCCAGACCCGUAUUAGCUAACUGGCUGGCCUUGACCUGACUGCGAGCCCUCUUAACUUGUCCCCAGGGAGCUCACCACUGACCCGGAGGUGGGGCAGCUCUGGGCUUCCAGCAGGGCCCACUGUCACGGAACUCCCACCACAGGUCCACGUUCCUUCCUCUGCCCAUUUGCUUGCAGGCACUCCACCAGCCAUCCUCCCAGGUUCCCAGCAUUGAUGGGGAAACGCAGGUGUGGCACAGAGGCAGGUGCUCUCCUCACUGGCCACAGCAGCUGCACGCAACAGCUGGCGUUGUGGGGGAAAGUUGGCUGUGAUCGCAGGGGCUGGGAGGGCUUGUGGGAAAGGGAGUGUAAUGAUUUCUUGUUUUGGUGUGUGUGUUUCUUUACAUGUUUAGUUUGACUG